AUGUCAGAGCAAGAACACAGAUCACUUCGGCUUGCUAUCAUCGAGUACCUUAACGGGGUUGCCAAAGAUGGUUCGCUGAGCGCUGACGCUACUGAGAGUUUGGAAGUGGCAGUACAAUGCCUGAUGGAGGCAUUCGGGAUCGAGAGCAUGGACAAGUGUACAGAGGAGAACGCAAUCAAACCUCUGACGCUGCCUGUUGUCUUCCACACUGGCGUCCAGGUCUUGAUGGGAUCCGAAAGCAAUGAUGCUGCGAAGAACGUGCCGGAGGAUUCGCAGCAGGGAAGGCAGGCAGAAAGGCCAGCAGAGCAUGACGAGGGUCAGGAAGCGCUGUUCAAGAAGUUCAUCGUCACGUUGAAGGAGCGGGGUUUCUUCGCGGGGCUCGAGGAGGGGACGCCUGAAUGGGAUGAGCGAAUGGGUCGAGCAAGGGCGAAGUUUUCGGAGCGAUACUCAGCGUCGUCGAUGGCUCCAGCAGGGAAGAAGUCUCAGGAGCCCGCGGCUGCAGUAGAGCCUCUGCGGGAGAGGCUGCAGGAGGAAACGAAGAGGAUGGAGGAGGCUGAGGCGGAGAAGGUGAAGGGCAACGAUCACCUAACAAACCAGCGCUAUGCUGAGGCUGUGCGAGCAUACAGCUCUGCCAUCCAGCUGUGGCCCAACAACGCAGUGUACUACUCCAACAGAGCAGCAGCCUACACACAUAUGCACAUGUACGACGAGGCGAUCAACGACUGCAGGAAGGCGAUCAAGAUCAAACCAGACUUUGCUAAAGCGUACUCCGAUUCCGACUCGCUCCUGACUGUUGGGCGGUACAAGGAGGCGCUGGACGAGGGAUAUCUUACGGCAGCUGAGCUCGAGCCCAGCAACCAGCAGUAUGCGAAGGCUAUCGACCUGGCCAGAUCGCGUCUCAACGAAGCAAGCAACAGGGCCUUUCCUCAAGGGGCAGGGGCUGCCGGCGGCUUCGACAUCGACGAGGCGCUCUUGGGAGGAGCCGGAGGGCUCUUCAGCAACCCAGAGCUCUUGCAGACGCUAUCGGCAUUACAGGGGGGCUGUCCUGGAGGAUUCCCCAAUGCCAACAGCGCUGGAGCCAUGGGGAACGAGGGGGAUGGAAACGCUUUCCUUUCGCAAUCGGCAGAAGCUUUUCAAGCAGCUCUAGCGUCGCCCGGCUUUGAGGACCUGAGAAGCAGUGCCAAGGCGCAGAAGAUUGUCUCGGACUUGCGUCAGUACGGGCCCAUGGCCUUCAUGAACUACGUCAACGACGACGAGGCCACCGACAUUAUCAACCGCUUGUCCUCUGCCGCUCUGACUCACUUGGGUCCACCGGGAUAUUCGUAG